AGCUGAUUAAUAUUCAUGAGCGCGCUUCCGCCAGAGCGUGAUUGAUCUUCAUGGCUGCUCUUUCAGUCAGAAAAUGCGGCGAUAUCUUCGAGUUUUGUUCGUCUGCACGCUGUUAGUCUUCUGCUCACUGCUCUACAUCUUUAAUCAGCUCGUGUCGUCUCUGGAGCGCGCGGAUCAUCGGGAGCGAGCGCCGCGGACACGCGCAGCGGACACAGGCCUGAGUGAACGCGCGCAGGAUGACAGGUGUGGUUCAGACUCUGUCACUCACUGGGAGCCGUACUGGAGAAUCAGCCGUGAUGUUUGCCCAAACCACUGCGUUACGGACUCGGCUCCUAGGUCUGCUCCUCAGGACCCGGUCCAGCUGGCCGUGGUGGCCUGUGGCUCCAGACUGGAGGAAACACUCGUCAUGCUGAAAUCUGCUGUCCUCUUCAGCCACAGACACUUGUGCUUUCACAUCUUCUCAGAAGACCACCUCCACGCCGGAUUCAGACAGGAGCUGGAGUCGUGGCCGCAGAGGUUUCGCUCGACGUUCAGCUACAGCGUUUAUCCCAUAGUCUUCCCCAGUGAGAACGCCAGAGAGUGGAAGAGACUGUUCAAACCCUGCGCUUCUCAGAGACUCUUCCUCCCCCUGCUUCUGAAGCAGGUGGACUCUGUGCUGUACGUGGACACAGAUGUGCUGUUCCUGCGGCCGCUGGAGGACGUCUGGAGCUUUCUGUCCCGGUUCAACAGCAGUCAGGUGGCAGCCAUGUCCCCGGAGCACGAGGAGCCACGCAUCGGCUGGUACAACCGCUUCGCUCGACACCCGUACUACGGCCAGACCGGCGUCAACUCAGGAGUCAUGCUCAUGAACAUGACCCGCAUCCGACACACACUCUUCAAGAAUGACCUGGCAGCGGUGGAUCUGAAGUGGGCUGAUCUUCUGAUGCCUCUGUUACACAAGUACAAGCUGAACAUCACGUGGGGCGACCAGGACCUGCUCAACAUCAUCUUCCACUAUAACCCAGAGUCUCUGCUGCUGAUGGAGUGUCUCUGGAACUAUCGUCCUGAUCACUGUAUCUACGGCAGCAACUGCAUCAGCGCUGAACACAGCGGUGUUUACAUUCUCCACGGCAACCGCGGCGUUUACCAUGACGACAAGCAGCCCGCCUUCAGAGCUGUUUAUGACGCCAUAAAGCAGUUCCCGCUGGAUGGAGAUCCUCUGCGAGGUUUGCUCCUGCCUCUGGAGGAGAAGCUGAAGAGCGAUCACUCGUACUGCGGCCGAUCUCGACUGGUCUUCACCAAACGACUGCGUCAGAGCGUCACAGAGCUUCAGGAGGAGCAGGAGCGCUCCAGACCAGCAGAGGUUUGAGUCUUCAGAGCUGAUCGACCUCACACACCAGCAGCUGACAAUCACACACACACACACACACACACACUGAGACCUCGUGUCCUCAGAUCAUCAGAGACCAGGAUGAGUGUGUCUUCAUCAGUGGUACUCUCUGGGUUUCAGAUCCCUUCACACACCAGACUCCUCUCUAUCUCUAUCUCUAUCUCUGUGAUGAUAUUCAGUGUUUUCUCAGAGGUAUAUUUGUGAAAAUCAGUUCAGGUUUAGAGAUUUACACACAACAUCAGUGUUUUUAUGCAAAGAGUUGAUACAUUUGUAUUAUAACUGUUAUUACAGGUAAUAGAAUUAUAACUAUUCUUAAUUAUAAUGAUCCUGUUUGAAACGGUGAGAAGAAAGAUUUAGUGUCUAGAUUACAUUUCACCAACGAAAGAAAGACAAGAAAUUAAUUCAGUUAAUUUAGUAAUUAUUAUUAUUGAUUAACUAUUAAUUGGAACAUUUAUAUAUAUUUAUUACAAAUAAAUGUUUUUUUCAGGUAAUUUGUAAUGUUUUUGUAUUUGUAAUGCUCUGAUAUGUUACUGAGAAAUGGACUGAUUAAUUUAAAUGUAGAAAUAUGAAAAUGAGCCGCAGGUUAAAGAAAUAUUUGAAUGGUCUGUGGUUGAAAUCUAUUGGCUCUCAUAGUAUAUUUUUGUAAUAAAAGUGUUUUCUCUGA